AUGGUAACGCCUAGUGUUAAAUAUUUUUUACUUGAUGUUGCGCUUUCAUUUAAUCAACCAAAAUUUUGUCCAACACCAGUUUGGAAUCCAAAUGGAAUUACUUUUGCUAAUCGAACGACAGUUGAUGAAGAUCCCAUCAACAUUUUUGUUGAUACGAACAACACAGUUUAUAUCACUAGUGGUCAAAGUAAUAAAAUUUUUGUGUGGUUUAAUGAUAGUAUCCAUCCAACAAAAAUCAUUUCUGGCGAUUUCUCAACUCCAGAGUCUAUCUUUGUUACAAACAAUGCGGAUAUUUUUAUUGCUAAUGGUGUAUCGGAGUAUCGAGUUGAUAAAUGGAUUUCAAAUACAAAUACCACUGUGACUGUUAUGAACACUAUUGAAUACUGUCUCAGUAUUUUUGUCGAUAUAAAUGAUACUUUAUACUGUUCAAUGAAAGAGUAUCACCAAGUUGUGAAAAGAUGGUUGAAUGAGAAUUUGACGACAACAACUGUUGUUGCUGCUGGGACAGGUUUCUGGGGAUCUGGCUCAAAUGAGCUUCAACAUCCUUUUGGAAUCUUUGUUGAUGUGAACUUUGAUUUAUAUGUGGCAGAUUGUGGAAAUGAUCGAAUUCAACUCUUUCAAUCAGGACAAUUGAAUGGCACGACAGUCGUAGGAGUUAGCUCAUCAAAUCCAACAAUUUCACUUAGUCGCCCAAGUGGAAUUGUAUUAGAUGCUGACAAGUAUUUAUUCAUUGUGGAUAGUGACAACCAUCGCAUUAUUAGAUCAGGACCAAAUGGUUUUCAAUGUGUAGUUGGAUGCAGUGAACGUGGUUCACAAUCCAAUCAAUUAUUGAUGCCGAAAACUUUGAGUUUCGAUAGCUAUGGAAACAUGUUUGUUAGCGAUGUGGAAAAUAAACGAAUUCAAAAAUAUUUAUUUUUAGAAAAAUGUUGUGGUAAGUUAAAAGUAGUUUAA